AUGUUGAUAAGGUGCCCGGCGGCACUCUGUGCCGUCGCCAUCCUGCUCGCUGCCACACCCACUAGUUCAGAGGGAAAUCUGUUUACCUGUCCAAAUGGGUGGGAGUUAAAAGGACUACAUUGUUAUAAAUUCUUCAACAUUAGGCAUUCAUGGGAAAAAGCAGCAGAAUUAUGUCGAAGAUAUGGAAGCGAGCUCAUGGUAGUAGAUUCAUACACGGAAAACAAUAUGACUGCAAGUAUGGUCCCAGUUAGUCCUAGUAAUAAUAACUAUUGGCUUGGACUCGCCACUGUGGAUGAUCUAAGGACAAAUACACUCGAGUCGGCAGCUGGUGCGCUAGUUUCACAAUACGCCGGAUUUUGGGAUCUCCGACAACCCAAUCCCAAAGAUGGUGAAUGUGUAGACGUCCACAUUUCAUCUGAUAUUCAAUCAUGGGAACUUACGACCUGUGAAACUCUUCUACCGUUUAUGUGCAAAGCUAACGCCUGUCCAUCUGGAACCUUCCAUUGUUCAAACGGAAGAUGCAUAAACGCAGCCUUCAAAUGCGACAAGCAAGAUGAUUGUGGUGAUGCUUCUGACGAAAUGGACUGUGCUUCCGAAUGUCACUUCUACAUGGCCAGUAGUGGGGAUAUCGUAGAAAGCCCGAACUAUCCUCAUAAAUACCCACCAUUCAGCGAAUGCAAAUGGACUCUCGAAGGCCCUCAAGGCCAAAAUAUCGUUCUACAGUUCCAAGAUUUUGAAACUGAAAAGUCUUUUGACACUGUUCAAAUUUUAGUUGGAGGCAGAUCUGAAGAUAAGUCUGUCAACCUUGCAACUUUAUCAGGAAAACAAGACCUUUCUAAUAAACUAUUUGUAUCCGCUUCAAACUUCAUGAUAAUUAAAUUCAGUACGGAUGGUUCAGUUGAGAGGAAAGGUUUCCGCGCUUCUUGGAAAACUGAAUCUUCAAACUGUGGUGGCAUUCUUAGGGCCACGCCUCAAGGUCAAGUUCUGACUUCACCCGGAUACCCAACUGGCUAUCCAGGUGGUCUAGAAUGUAUGUAUAUAAUUGAAGCGCAAGCAGGAAGAAUAAUAUCUCUAGAAAUCGAAGACCUUGAUUUAGGAAUGAAUAGAGACUAUAUUGUAAUAAAGGAUGGAAAUUCUCCGUCUAGUCCUGUACUCGCACGUUUAACGGGUCCGGGAGAAGAAAACCAAAAAGUUGUUAUAUCUACUACAAAUCAUUUGUAUAUGUAUUUCCGCACUAGUUUAGGUGAUUCCAAGAAAGGUUUCAAUAUGAGAUACUCACAAGGGUGCAAAGCUACCGUUAUUGCUUCAAACGGAACGUUCACAUCACCUGCAUAUAGUUUGAGCAAUUAUCCCAAUAAUCAAGAGUGUCUGUACAGAAUCAAAAAUCCAAAUGGAGGUCCACUAUCACUGAAAUUCGACGAGUUCAACAUCCAUCCAUCUGAUGUAGUUCAAGUUUUCGAUGGAUCAAGUACAAAUGGUUUGAGAUUACAUUCAGAAAAUGGUUUUACAGUGAAGCCAAGAAUUACUCUCACAGCAUCAAGCGGAGAAAUGCUGAUUCGAUUCAUGUCUGAUGCAUUACACAAUGGUCAAGGCUGGAAAGCGACGUUUUCAGCGGAUUGUCCCCUUCUUAAGUCGGGCAUAGGAGCUCUAGCGUCGAAUAGAGAUACCUCAUUUGGUACAGUUAUUACAUUUACAUGCCCUAUUGGGCAAGAAUUUGCCACAGGAAAGUCUAGAAUCAUAACACAGUGCUUAGAUGGGGGAAAGUGGUCCACCACCUACGUACCUAGUUGUCAAGAGGUGUAUUGCGGUCCUGUUCCACAAAUAGACAACGGUUUUUCAAUUGGCUCGACUAACGUUACUUACCGAGGCGUAGCUACCUACCAAUGUUACGCUGGAUUUGCUUUCCCGACCGGACAACCGAUUGAAAGAAUUUCCUGUUUAUCGGAUGGCAGAUGGGAAAGGACACCCACUUGUCUAGCUUCACAGUGCGUAGCCCUGCCAGAUGUAUCACAUGCAAACGUUACCAUUUUAAACGGAGGUGGACGUAGUUACGGUACUAUUGUACGUUAUGAGUGUGAACCCGGCUAUGUGCGAUCCGGACAGCCUGUUCUUUUGUGCAUGAGUAAUGGAACUUGGUCUGGCGAUGUACCAUCGUGCACGAAGGCUUUAUGUCCCAAAUUUCCGGAAAUAAAAAAUGGAUUCAUAGUAGAUCAGACUAGAGUGUACAUGUACGGAGACGAAGCAAGAGUUCAAUGCUACAAAGGAUUUAGACUAAGCGGACCAAGUAUACUAAAAUGUGGACCAAAUCAAGAAUUUGACGCGGCACCAACUUGCGAUGAUAUUAACGAAUGCUCUAGUAGUCAAUGCGACGGUGUAUCCACCGAAUGUAAAAAUACACAAGGAGGUUUCUUUUGCCCCUGUCGAACUGGUUUCACGGCCAGCUUGGACUGUAGGCCAGUUGGUGACUUGGGACUUAUCAAUGGCGCAAUCCCCGAUGAAUCUAUCACUACUUCAGCUCCUGAACCUGGAUAUUACAAAGGGAUGGUCCGGUUAAACAAUGGAGGAGGAUGGUGUGGUAACAACUUAGAAGCUGGAGCUAAUUGGAUUCUCAUAGAUUUAAGAGCACCAACAAUUAUUAGAGGCUUCCGAACGAUGAGCGUUAUGAGGGCGGACGGCAAUAUUGCCUUCACUUCGGCAAUCAGAAUUCAAUACACUAAUGAUUUGACCGAUGUGUUCAAAGAUUACACGAAUCCCGAUGGUACUGCUGUAGAGUUCCGCAUUUUGGAGCCAACCCUUUCUGUUUUGAAUUUACCAGUACCAAUUGAAGCCCAAUACGUGAAGUUUAAGAUUCAAGAUUAUGUCGGUGCUCCUUGUCUCAAACUGGAAGUUAUGGGAUGUGCUCGCCUUGACUGCAAUGACAUAAAUGAAUGUGCAGAAAACAAUGGGGGAUGUGAACAGAAAUGUCUGAAUACUCCUGGAAACUUCUCUUGCGCGUGUAAUCUGGGGUACGAACUUUAUUCUUCGAAUGGAACUGCUGGUUUUUCUAUUGAGCUAUCAGAAACGGGCGAAAGGGAUGGUGAUACAUAUCAAAGAAAUAAAUCUUGUGUACCCGUUAUGUGCCCAUCACUACUGGCUCCCGAAAAUGGUAAACUGCUAUCGACGAAGAAGGAUUUCCAUUUCGGUGAUACAGUUCAAUUCCAAUGUGAUUUUGGCUACGUUAUGUCAGGAUUUUCAUCGCUAUUGUGUACUUCAAGUGGUACAUGGAAUGGUACAGCACCUGAAUGUCAAUAUGCCCGCUGUGUUACUUUGUCAGAUGACAAAAAUGAAGGUUUAAAAGUAAUACGAGAUGAUCCAGAAAGUGUAUUAGUGCCAUACAGGGAUAAUGUCACGAUCACCUGUACUUCACCUGGUAGGCACUUAAGAAAUACCUUGACGUCAUCUUUCAGACAAUGUGUUUAUGAUCCUAAACCUGGUCUUCCUGAUUAUUGGUUAUCUGGAGCUCAACCGCAAUGUCCUAGAAAAGAUUGUGGUAUACCAAUGCCAACACCAGGCUUUGUAUACAGUCCUCUUGUUGAUACAAAAUAUCAGAGCUCGUUCUUCUUUGGAUGUCAAAAUACCUUUAAAAUGGCAGGACAGUCAAGUAAACAUGACAAUAUUGUUCGGUGUCAAGCUAACGGUAUUUGGGAUUUUGGAGACUUGAGAUGUGAAGGUCCAGUUUGCGAGGAUCCGGGAAGACCUGCCGAUGGCUACCAAAUUGCAAGAAGCUACGAACAUGGAUCCGAAGUUCUAUUUGGAUGCUCUAGACCUGGUUACAUUUUAAUAAAUCCAAGACCUAUAACAUGUAUACGUGAACCAGAAUGUAAAGUAAUAAAGCCAUUGGGAUUAGCAUCAGGACGAAUUCCUGAUUCAGCUAUCAACGCUACCUCUGAAAGACCUAAUUAUGAAGCAAAAAAUAUUCGUCUAAAUUCAGUCACCGGUUGGUGUGGCAAGCAAGAAGCAUUCACUUAUGUGAGUGUAGAUCUAGGGAAAGUACAUAGAGUGAAGGCAAUUUUGGUCAAAGGAGUCGUUACUUCAGAUAUUGUCGGAAGACCAACGGAAAUAAGAUUGUUCUACAAAACAAAUGAAACUGCGAAUUACGUUAUCUAUUACCCUAAUUUCAACUUGACAAUGAGAGAUCCAGGAAAUUAUGGAGAAUUAGCCAUGAUAACGUUACCCAAAUAUGUCCAAGCUAGAUUUGUAAUCUUAGGAAUUGUAAGCUUUAUGGAUAAUGCCUGUCUCAAGUUUGAACUUAUGGGUUGUGAUGAGCCUACAGCCAAUCCUCUGUUAGGUUAUGAUUAUGGAUAUUCACCUUGUGUUGAUAACGAGCCACCUGUCUUCCAGAAUUGCCCUCAACAACCAAUCAUUGUUCAAACUGACGUAAAUGGUGGCCUAUUACCAGUAAACUUCACAGAGCCAACUGCUACAGAUAACUCUGGGGCCAUCGCUCGUUUAGAAGUCACUCCUCAACAUUUCAGAACACCAAUACAAGUUUUUCACAAUAUGGUUGUCCGCUAUGUGGCUUUCGACUUUGAUGGCAAUGUUGCAAUAUGUGAAGUCAACAUUACUGUGCCAGAUUAUACCCCACCUAAACUAAGCUGUCCUCAAAGUUACGUAAUAGAAUUAGUGGAUAAACAAGACAGCUAUGCCGUGAAUUUUAAUGAAACUAGAAGACGAAUAAACGCAUCUGAUGCCUCUGGAGAAGUUUUCUUGAGGUUUAUUCCAGAAAGAGCGGUAAUUCCCAUUCGUGGAUAUGAAAACGUUACUGUCAUAGCCUCCGACAAAUAUGGCAACAAAGCCCAAUGUCACUUCCAAGUUUCAGUACAAGCGACGCCAUGUGUCGAUUGGGAAUUAAUGCCACCAGCAAAUGGUGCUCUUAAUUGUCUACCGGGUGACAGAGGAAUCCAAUGUAUAGCAACAUGUAGCCCAGGCUUCCGCUUCACUGAUGGGGAACCCGUGAAAACAUUCAUUUGUGAAACCAAACGUCAAUGGGUGCCUACUGCAGUGGUUCCGGACUGUGUGUCUGAAAAUACUCAACAAGCUGCUUAUCACGUUGUCUCUAGUGUACAAUACCGUGCUCUUGGUGCUGUUUCGAAUGCUUGCUUACCGCAAUAUAAAGACUUACUGGCACAAUAUGACAAUAUACUAAACGAAAGGUUAUCACAACGUUGUUCCGCGGUAAAUGUCAACGUUAACGUUACAUUCGUCAAAGCGAUGCCAAGCCUGCUCGACGAAAACGUUGUCAAAAUGGACUUUGUUCUCGCGAUUACCCCAGAUAUUAGACAAACACAAGUAUACGACCUGUGUGGCUCGACACUGAAUCUAAUAUUUGAUUUGUCAGUACCUCAUGCUAGUGCUUUGAUUGAACCUGUUUUGAAUGUUUCGUCUAUUGGAAAUCAAUGUCCACCGCUGCGAGCUAUUCGAAGCACUAUUACUCGAGGUUUUACCUGCAGCGUAGGGGAAGUUUUAAAUAUGGAUACAAACGAUGUUCCCAGAUGUUUACACUGUCCUGCUGGUACUUUUGCUGGAGAAAAACAAAAAGCUUGUACGAUGUGUCCACGUGGAUUCUUCCAAAAUCAAGCACGCCAAGGCUCAUGUCUUAAAUGCCCACAAGGAACUUUCACUAGAGAAGAAGGCUCUAAAGACAUUACUGAUUGUGUGCCAGUUUGCGGCUACGGCACCUUCUCACCAACAGGCCUAGUCCCUUGUCUGGAGUGCCCACGCAAUAGCUAUACAAGCGAACCACCUAUAGGAGGAUUUAAAGAUUGUCAAGCUUGUCCUGUAAAUACGUUUACAUACCAACCUGCAGCACCAGGAAGAGAUAGAUGUAGAGCUAAAUGUGCACCAGGUACUUAUUCACCUACUGGUCUCGCUCCCUGCUCACAGUGUCCGCGAAACUUCUACCAAAACCUAGCUGGUCAAACACUUUGUAACGAAUGCCCGACUAAUAUGAAGACAGUCGGUACCGGAUCAAUAGGAUUGGAAGAAUGUAUUGCGGUAGAAUGCUCUAAUAGCGCUUGUCAACACGGAGGGCUCUGCGUGCCUAAGGGUCACGGAGUACAAUGCUAUUGCCCAGCAGGAUUCUCAGGGCGUAGAUGCGAAAUUGAUAUCGACGAGUGCGCUAGCCAACCUUGUUAUAAUGGCGGUACCUGUACUGAUCUACCUCAGGGCUACAGAUGCUCUUGUCCUACUGGUUAUGGUGGCAUUAAUUGUCAAGAAGAAAGAUCCGAAUGUAGAAAUGAUACUUGCCCAGAACGUGCUAUGUGCAAAGAUGAACCAGGAUUCAAUAACUACACUUGUUUAUGUAGAUCGGGCUACACUGGUGUUGAUUGUGACAUCACAGUUGAUCCUUGUACAGCAAAUGGAAAUCCAUGCGCAAAUGGAGCUACUUGUACUGCUCUACAACAAGGUAGAUUCAAGUGCGAAUGUCUACCAGGAUGGGAAGGCCAACUCUGUGAAAUAAAUACUGAUGAUUGCAUAGAGAAACCUUGUUUCCUCGGAGCACUUUGUACGGAUUUAGUGAACGACUUCAGUUGCAACUGUCCACCAGGAUUUUCUGGAAAACGUUGUCAUGAAAAAAUUGACCUUUGCUCAAAUGAACCAUGCAAACACGGAAUUUGCGUUGACAAAUUAUUCGUCCACCAAUGCAUUUGUGACCCUGGAUGGUCCGGACCGUCAUGCGAUAUAAAUAUAAAUGAAUGUGUUAUCUCUCCUUGUGAAAAUGGCGGUCAAUGCAUGGAUGGUAUAGAUGAUUUUACUUGUGUAUGCGAAGCUGGAUACACUGGUAAACGGUGUCAGCACACAAUCGAUGACUGCGCAUCUGAUCCAUGCCAAAAUGGAGCUACCUGUGUCGAUCAAUUAGAUGGUUUUAUUUGCAAAUGUCGUCCAGGAUUCAUAGGAUUACAGUGUGAAUCAGCAAUUGAUGAAUGCUUGAAUGAGCCAUGCAAUACUGCCGGCACUGAGCGGUGUAUUGAUCUGGACAACAAAUAUCAAUGCGUUUGCCGAGAAGGUUUUACAGGAGAAAUGUGCGAAACCAAUAUCGAUGACUGCGCAUCUAAUCCUUGUUUCAACGGAGGUUCAUGCAAAGAUGAAAUCGGUGACUACAGAUGUACCUGUCAACCAGGAUGGACAGGCAAACGAUGUGAAAGGGAUAUUGGCAACUGCAUCAACAGACCAUGUCAAAAUAAUGCUAGAUGUAUUGAUCUCUUCCAAGACUUCUUCUGUGUGUGCCCAAGUGGAACCGAUGGCAAGCAAUGUGAAACUGCGCCUGAAAGAUGUAUCGGCAGUCCCUGUAUGCAUGGUGGAAAAUGUCAAGAUUUCGGCUCCGGACUUAACUGCACUUGUUCUCAAGAUUACGUUGGUAUUGGCUGCCAAUACGAAUUUGAUGCUUGCGAAGCCGGGCUUUGUCAAAACGGAGCCACUUGCAUUGAUGAAGGCGAAGAUUAUACUUGCCUUUGCGCACCAGGUUUCAAAGGAAAGAACUGUGAUGAGGAUAUUAUUGAUUGCAAAGAAAACUCAUGCCCGCCGUCUGCUACAUGCAUCGAUUUACCAGGAAGAUUCUACUGUCAAUGCCCAUUCAAUGUUACUGGUGAUGAUUGUCGGAAAACAAUAAGCGUCGACUAUGACCUAUACUUCAGCGACCCAUUACGUUCGAGUGCUGCUCAAGUGGUACCAUUCGAUACAGGAUCCACAGACAGUCUAACGAUCGCCAUGUGGGUUCAGUACACACAACAGGACGAAGGGGGCGUUUUCUUCACAGCUUAUAGUGUCAGUAAUUCUCAUAUUGCACUGAAUAGGAGACCUAUCAUCCAAGCACAUUCUAAUGGAGUACAAGUUUCUAUCUUCCCGGAACUGCAAGAUGUGUAUCUCAGUUUUGGUGAAUUUGCGACCGUUAAUGAUGGACAAUGGCAUCAUGUUGCUCUAGUGUGGGACGGUAACAAUGGUGGUGAACUGACGCUUAUCACCGAAGGCUUAAUAGCUAGCAAACUUGAAGGAUAUGGCAGCGGCCGAAGCCUACCAAAAUAUGUAUGGGUAACUUUAGGCAAACCACAAUCAGAUAACCCUAAAGCCUACACCGAAUCUGGCUUCCAAGGACAUCUGACUAAAGUGCAAAUUUGGAAUCGUGCUCUAGAUGUGACCAAUGAAAUACAGAAACAAGUCCGUGAUUGUCGAACUGAACCAGUCCUUUACACCGGAUUAACCUUAACUUGGGCAGGGUACGAUGACAUUUUUGGUGGCGUAGAGAGAAUAGUACCAUCACACUGUGGGCAACGAAAAUGUCCUAACGGAUAUACUGGAUCGAAAUGCCAACAACUCCAAGUUGAUAAAGAACCACCACGUGUAGAACGCUGCCCAGGAGAUCUGUGGGUAAUUGCCAAAAAUGGAUCAUCGAUUGUCAUUUGGGACGCGCCUGUAUUUACCGAUAAUGUUGGAGUAGAUAAAAUCUUGGAGAACUCUGGACAUAAGCCUGGACAAAACCUCGUGUGGGGCUCUUAUGAUAUUGCUUAUAUUGCAUACGAUGCUGCUGGCAACACCGCCACAUGCACUUUCAAAGUUACAGUUUUAUCUGAAUUCUGUCCACCAUUGGCUGACCCUCUUGGCGGAUACCAAUCCUGCCGCGAUUGGGGAGCGGGAGGUCAAUUCAAGGUGUGCGAGAUCGCAUGUCGCGACGGUCUGCGUUUCUCGCAAUCUGUACCGCCAUUCUACACAUGCGGAGCUGAAGGUUUCUGGAGACCAACUACCGACCCGAACUUGCCGCUAGUAUAUCCUGCUUGCUCACCGGCAUCUGCAGCUCAGCGUGUAUUCAAGAUUUCGAUGCUGUUCCCAAGCUCAGUUCUCUGCAAUGACGCGGGACAAGGAGUACUCCGACAAAAAGUACGCACUGCAAUCAAUCAGCUCAACAGAGAUUGGAACUUCUGCUCCUAUGCUGUCGAUGGUACACGAGAGUGCAAGGAAUUGGAUAUUAAUGUUAAAUGCGACCACAGAGCGAAUUCGAGACAGACACGCCAAAUUUCCUCGCUUCCUAGCACACCUACUGAAGACACAUAUGUCUUAGACGCUAUUAUACCUGUGGAAGAGACUCGCAGCAAUAGGGAGGGACGUCAAGCCGGUGAUACCUACAACGUUGAGAUCUCUUUCCCGGCCAUCAACGACCCGGUAAUCCAUAACGGUAACAACGAGCGGUCUACAGUGCAAAGAUUACUGGAGAAAUUAAUUCUCGAAGACGAACAAUUCGACGUUAGAAACAUUCUUCCGAAUACUGUGCCCGAUCCGGCUAGCUUAUCACUGGUUUCCGACUACGCUUGUCCUAUGGGACAAGUCGUUAUGGCACCCGACUGCGUGGCUUGCGCCGUCGGCACUUACUUGGACGCAUCUAGCGAUACUUGCAAGCCGUGUCCUACAGGCACAUAUCAAUCUGAAGCAGGACAAUUACAAUGUACAGCAUGUCCUACAAUUGCUGGACAGCCAGGUGUGACGCAAGCUGCUGGGGCAAGGAGUGCGGCUGAUUGUAAAGAGAGAUGCGCUGCUGGUAAAUACUACGAUGCCGAGGCUGAAUUGUGCCGUCCCUGUGGACACGGCUCCUACCAGCCGAGGGAGGGAGCGUUCGCUUGCCUCUCCUGCCCUAGGGGACAGACCACGCGAGCCACGGAGGCCGUAUCAGCCGCGGAGUGCAGAGAUGACUGUCCCUCAGGCGAGCAGCUGAGCAGCGAAGGUGGAUGCGAGCCGUGCCCGCGCGGCACUUUCCGCGCGACGGGCGCGGGCGCCGCGUGCGCGCCUUGCCCGCCCGGCACCACUACGCCACAGCCCGGCGCUGCGUCCGCCGACCAGUGCUCCCUGCCCGUCUGCAAACCUGGUUCAUACCUCGAUGUUGGUCAGAACACUUGCAUCCAGUGCAAGAAGGGCACCUACCAGUCGGAGGCUCAACAGACCACGUGUCUCAACUGUCCAAUCAACACUAGCACUAAGGAGCCUGGCGCUACUUCAGAGUCGGAUUGCACCAACCCUUGCGAGAUGAGCGGCCCCGAGAUGCAUUGCGAUGUCAACGCUUAUUGCCUACUCAUGAAGGACACCAACGACUUUAAAUGCCAGUGCAAGCCUGGCUUCAACGGCACCGGAAAAGUUUGCGUUGAUGUGUGCCUGGACUUCUGCGAUAACGGUGGCGAGUGCGUGAAGGAUGCCCGCGGCGAGCCAUCGUGCAGGUGUACGGGCUCAUUUACCGGCCGCCACUGUACGGAGAAGAGCGAGUUCGCGUACAUCGCGAGCGGCGUCGCGGGCGGCGUCAUAUUCAUCAUAUUCCUGGUGCUGCUUGUAUGGAUGAUCUGUGCCAGAUCAUCAAAGAGGAAGGAACCAAAGAAGACUCUUACUCCAGCUAUUGACCAAAACGGUUCUCAAGUGAACUUCUAUUACGGAGCGCACACGCCAUACGCGGAGUCCAUAGCUCCAUCGCAUCACUCCACGUACGCUCAUUACUAUGACGACGAGGAAGACGGAUGGGAAAUGCCAAAUUUCUACAACGAAACCUACAUGAAAGAAAGCUUACAUAACGGCAUGAACGGCAAGAUGAACAGCCUGGCGAGGUCAAACGCCAGCAUAUACGGGACUAAGGAAGACCUCUAUGACAGACUGAAGAGGCAUGCGUACCCUGGUAAGAAAGAUAAAAGUGACAGUGACAGCGAGGGUCAGUAA